GGCUUAUCUUCUUGCUCUUCUAAGGCCUCGACCCGUCCAUCCCGCUGAGUACGUGACGACCAUUGUCGCCGUAGCCAAUGAUUACAUCCCCACACCUGCCGACCUUCCAUUGCACGAAAUCUCUCACCCACCUCCCCAUGCCCGCCUCCUGGAGGAGGACCGGUGAGGAAUCCCGUCGACGCCGCCGCCGCCGCUGCUGCCGCACCGCCCCUUAGCGUCAGCCGUUGCCCACCAUGGACUCCGGACCGGCCGACUACAACGAGGACGACUUCGAGGAGUACAACCCCCACCCUUACCAGGGCGGUUACGACAUUGCCCUCACCUACGGCACCCCCCUCCCCCCCUCCCCCGCCAUCUGCUACCCCCUCUCCUCUUCCACCCCCGGUCUUCCGCCACCGCCCCUUGCUGAAGAGCCCAAACCCGCCCCCACUCCCCGCUCCCCGCCACCGCAGGCGGCGGCGCCUAUCCCAGUGCCGGAGGCGGCGCCGAUCCCAGUGCCGGUGGCGCCAGUUCCAGUGCCGGAGCCGGAACCGGAGCGGCCCCCUCCUUACGACUACGGAACGCAAGGGAGCUAUCGGCCGGUACCCUAUUUCCCGGAUUUCUUCAGGUCCUGGCUCUUUCGGGUGGAGGGGCAUUGGAGCCCCUGGGGAAGGGCUCUGGAUUACCUCUUUGGGCACGCCCAGGGGUACGGCGAGAGAAGGAUUGGGGUCGAUAGCUAUGGGAUUCCUAUCUAUGCUAACAAAAAUCAGAGCAGUCAGUCGAUUUCGGUGCAGGUCGAGCCGGCACCGGCUCAAAGAUUGGAUUUUUACGAUGUCCACAGCGAGGAAGCUGACGAAAGUUGGUCAUCAUAUGGCGAGAGGAGGGAGGAGAGCUAUGGUUAUGUGAAUCCAACUUAUGCUUAUGAUAGGCGCUACUAUGAGCAGCCCCUUUCUAUUCAAGUGAGUCCAAGUGAGCACAAGGUCUUCGAAGAACAAGUGUAUCAUGAUCAGUAUUCAUCAUCGUAUGAUGAGAGUAAUUAUGUGACUGAUUUGUUUGGAAGUCUGAGCUAUGGUUAUGAAAGGCACUACCAUGAGCAGCCGCUAAAUGUUCAGAUUGAGCCAAUUGAGCAAACUUGGUCUCAGAAGUUGAGUUACAAUGAUGACUACCAGCAACCGGCAUCUCCUGAGUCCAACUGGCAUUCUUCAUCCUCUAAUGAACGAGGGGGUGAGGGCCAUAUAUUCGGAGAUCCAGACUAUGCAUAUAGAAGGCACUCCAACGAGCAGACUCAUGGUGAUCAGCUCGAGCCUUUCGUGCCAUCAUGGUCUAGAAAUCUGGGUUACCCUGAGUUUCACGGGGAGGAGGUUUCUCACAAGUCCAGCCGGGGGAAUGAGGACGAUAUGUUCACAAAUCUCAACCAUGCUUAUGAAAGGCAUUACCAUGAGGACCCCCUGUGUCUGCAGCUUGAGCCUUUCAAGCCAUCAUGGUCUCAGAAUCCAAGUUAUUAUAAGGUGUAUGACGAUGAAGUGCCUCCAAUGUCCAAUGGGGAUAACGACUCUGAGAACGAUGGUUUCCAAUUCUUUUACCCCUUCUAGAAGUACUCGGCCUAUGAUGAGUAAUGUCUACCUCAUUGCACUUCUCUUGAUAAUGUCUAUGAUGAUGAACAAUAUUUGUCUUGCUCCGCUCUGUGCGAAUGUGUAUAAACUUUCACAAUAAUAUGAUAUUCGUAUUCUUGCGCUGAAGCAAUUUGUAGUCUAGGUAGAAUGUGGUGUAACAGUGGUUACCGUGAGUAAAUGUACAUUCAUAGCUAGUUUAAUCAUUCUUUCCUUGGUUCCAUUA